AUGGUCGAUGCCGGUGCACCCGGGCGCAGCACGUCCAAGGGACCACCGACACGAUAUGAAGCUGUAGGGACCCACGACGACGACCACGACGACCACGACGACCACGACGACCAUGACGAGUCGUAUGAUUCAGAGGUGGAGAAGGAGGUCGAGUACGGGCUCGCCCGGCCCGGUAGCAAGACAUCCCACGGUCGUCACCACCUCUACCGGCCAGACAACCGGUUCCGCAACGCCACGUACGGCCUGAGUCUCCUGGUCGUGAUCCUCCUGUCGACCAACCUGUACACAUCCCUGACGUACUCCUUCGGACGCGGCUCGUCACCGUGCGACGGCGAGGGGGACAGACCGCCUCAGUAUUUCCAGACCUCACCGCAGCUCUGGGCCGGUCCGACGGCAACGGGUCGGCAGGCGGGCAUGGCGCAGACGCGCACGUUCGAGCCUACGGCGACGUACGUCCCCAACCAGCCUCUCCAGACGGACAUACCGGUCUCCGGUGGGGCCGGGCCCGACGAGACGACGCCCAUCUUUCACAUGAUGGGAUACCUGUCCCCGUACAAGCCGUCUUCCGGCUUCGGCGUGGACGAGUAUCCGCUGCCCGCGGGGGCGGAGAUCGUGCAGGUCCAGAUGCUCUCCAGGCACGGGGCGCGGUAUCCCACCUCCGGAGCGGACGUGGCCGAGCUGGGGAGGAAGAUCCGCGACGCCGGCCACGGCUUCAGACCGAAGGGUGCUCUCGGCUUCCUCGCAGACUGGGACUACGGCCUCGGCCACGAGAUUCUCGUGCCCAAGGGACGGCAGGAGCUGUACGAUUCCGGGGUGCUGCACAGCUACAUGUAUGGGGGGUUGUAUAACACCAACAGCAAGUUGAUCGUUCGGACGACGACGCAGGAUCGGAUGUUGAAGUCGGCCGAGCUAGGGCUGGCCGGAUUCUUUGGACUUGAAUGGACAAACAAUGCCACCAUCGAAGUCAUCAUCGAGGAGAAGGGAUACAACAACUCCCUCGCCGGAUCCCUCAACUGUCCCAACGCAUCACCCAAGGGGACCGGUAAGGAAGCGGCCAGUACCUGGGUCAACACGUAUCUGAAGGAUGCAACCAAACGAUUCAACUCCAUGACGGAGGGAUUCGACUGGACUCCCGAAGACGUCUACGCCGCGCAAAACAUGUGUCCGUACGAGACGGUGGCGUAUGGGUACAGCAAGUUCUGCGACCUCUUUACGUAUGAAGAGUGGCAGGGGUUUGGGUACUCUAUCGACUUGUACUUUUAUGGAAGCAACGGAUUCUAUAGUCCUACUGGGAGAGCCGUGGGGAUAGGAUACCAGCAAGAAGUCAUGGCCCGCCUGCAUAACCACACGCUAGGCUACUCGGGUUCCCAGAUCAACGUCACCCUCGACGACAACAUCGAGACCUUCCCCCUCAACCAGAGCCUGUACUUUGACUUCUCGCACGACACCAACAUCGUCUCCAUCCUGACCGCCUUCGGCCUCCGCCAGUUCGCCCGGGACCCCAUGCCGGCCACCGAGUACCCGGGCCCGCACGCCUUCACAGUCGCCGACGUCACGCCGUUCGGCGCCCGCCUCGACAUCGAGAUCAUCAGGACGCCGCAGCCGCUGUCACCCAACCGCGACGGCUACCUGCGCGGCGGGGAGACGCACUACGUCCACUUCGUGCUCAACCAGCGCACCCUGCCGCUAGGCAGGAGCUUCCCCGAGUGCGACCCCGACAGGAAGGACGGCUGGUGCGAGCUCGGCACCUUCCUCGACGUCCAGGCCGGCAUGGAGGAUCUGGCCCGGUACGAUGACGCUUGCUUCGGGGAGUAUCCUACCGGGAAGUAUGGGGAUUUUACCGACGGAGCUCCGAUCGAAUAG